CUUGUAUAUAUUGUACUAUGGCCUCCGCUUACUUCCAUACCCUAUCCACGAUUAAUCAUGCCCACCUCAUGAAGUACUAACCAACCAUGUUCUCAUCAUUCGUCCCAUCGUCCCUACCGAAAUUCGGCUUCGGUCGCUCAAAGACCACGCAAGCGAUAACCCUCCCCUCGGUCGAGGUCCACGACAUCGAAGUCUCCAGCGACAAACGGGCGCGCCGCCUCAAGCACCUCGUCAAACUCAACCAUGCCACAUUCUCCAUCUUGUACAACAAUUUACGCUUCCACAAUCAUACUCCUCAUAUCCUCGGCUCGGCCUACCUCUUCGGCAGCACGGCGGACCACCUAAACGACAUUUACGAAGAUGUCUCGGCCCGCGACAAUCUAGAGCACUGGCAGGACUCGCCGUCGGAGAUCGCCCUGCACGAUUACAGAGAGUUUCUCGGCCGAAAGCCCUACCAGCGCGCCUUUGUCGACUUCUUCGAGGACCAGCUCGUCCUGCAAGGCUACGACUGGAAAGCCGUGGUCGAAAAAUUCCUCUUCGAGCGUGGCUCCACCAGUUCCCCCAACCGCCAGCCCAUAUUCAACUGUCUCACUGCCGGUCUGGGCCAUCCGCUCAUCCACCUGGGAUACGCAUAUGAACUGAACUCCCGCGAAGUCGCGAUGGAAGCGCUCGGGCUUGCGGCGACAUGUUACAACCCGACACUGGCCAAACUUUUCGAGAACAAGCCGGUCCCGACGUACACGACGAACAACAUUUUCGAGGUCUUCGCACGCGUCCAGGCCGACAAGCGUCUCGACCACGCCUUUGACGGCCCGGCCCACGACGACAAGCUCGACCACCUCUGGACAGACCCCGUGCUCAGCUCGAUCCUCCUGGAGCACUGGUACGCAUGGAAAAUCACCGACCCGACCAAGGAUUUUGCUCAGAGCCAGGAACUCGCCGUGGCAUUGCACACGUCAUCCGCCAGCAGCGUCGGGGGACACGGCUACGACUUCCUGCUCGUGCAUCUGCUCACGACGUCGCACGCUGUGCGGAUCUUGACCCCGUUCCUCGAGGGCCAGCACCAUCUACCGCUCGUGCGCGAGUGGCUUCUGAUCGCAUUGUCCAUCUACAUCACGCAGAACCGGCCGGUCAUCAACAAGGAAUUCGUAACCCGCUACGACACGCAAGGUCGGGGCUGGGACUUUGUCACCAAAGCCGCAUUGGAAGGCCCGCAUCGAUUCGACGCCCAUUUCGUCAAGGGCUGUCGCGCCAUGCUCGAGGCCGAGCGUACGUGGGGCAAAGAAGACGGUUACUGGCUGAAGGGAGCCGUCAAGUUCGCCGAUGAGUUCAGUGGAUGGGUGUUUGGCGAAGAUGACUCGUAGUACGAUGGUUCCGGCCGGAAUCGUCGAGAUGGUGCUGGUGGUGAUGGUGGAGAUGCCCUUUCCCUUUCCCUUUCCCCUUCCCAGAAUGACAGAAGAACAACAUCGUGGAUGAUGGGAAUGAAAUUGAAUGACCUCUGGAGGAAUGCGAAUUGUUUUGCAAACGACUACGGAUGGCUUUGAAUGCCAUUCAAUGGGCUAUUAAUUACCUUAUUGACAGCCACGACACACACGACGGUUGGGAAAAUCCGUUUGUACCCUGCCUGGCACCAUAACAAAAAGGAUACCGCAUUACUUACCUAAGGUAAUACUCCGGUACUCCGUACAUACUGUAUGUUUAAUCUGUACCAAAAAAGA